UCUCUUCUAAUCCUGCAGAUUACCACUGCACAAGCCUGCUAGCUGGGAGUGCUUUGUUGCGCUGCACAGUUUCUUAACAUUGAUCAUUUUAUGUUGCUGCCAUAUGACUGGACUAUGUAGACUAAGAAGGACACAAGUAGGAGUUCAAAGUGCAACAGAACUGCAGAAAGUACGCAGCUGCAGUUGGGACAAGGCUUUUGACUGUAGAACUGUAGAUGAAGCCAGGAUUUAGGAAUGUAUUCUGAGAUGGAUUUAAUGAAACACAACAUGGAUUUUUUUUUUUUUUAUAAAUAUUGCAUCAUGGAAAUAUUUUCUUUGUUAUAACAGAGUGUAAGCAACAGAAGUUGGUUAACAACAGAACUAGUAACCUGCGCCUAAUUGGAACAUUGGCUUUGACAAGGAGGAUCAUCACUUUUGGAAGCUACUGCAGGUGGUGUCCACUUCUGACUGCAGCAUUAUGGAGACGGAGCCAUUUUGUGAAGAGCAUAACAACCCUGCAGUGGAAGAUAAAGAACCUGAGGUAAGCGAGGCCAUUUCUGAGCUUGCUAACGGGGACAGUUGCACUGAGCUGCCAUGUGGGCCUGCAGAGGAAGCCGAGGAGCUUAGCGUAAAAGAGCAGGCUGAAACAGAGAGCUGCGCAAGAGAGAGUAAAAGCACUGAGGUAAACACAACAUCUUGUGGAGACAGAGAAUGCAAGGAGCGGAAGAAACUGAAGAAAACAAACAGCUGGAAGAUGGUGCGAUUCGAAGACCCAUCAAUGGAGGAAGAUGUGUUAGAGAGAGACAGCUCAGCAGAGAGUCUCUUUCCAGAAUAUGCGAUGGUGGAGUGGACUUCCUCCACCUUUGAAGAGCUGUUCGCGGCAGACGACUGGCAGGACCUUACAGAGGACCAGCUGUUGAGGAAGAAGGUGGUGGAUUCCAGAUCCCCGCACGGCUUGACCCCCGUCUGGGGCGAGGAGGUUACUGUGAAGAUGCAAUGUGUCCUGGAGGACCGCACUGUAGUGGAGAAGGACAGCAGUCUUGUCUUUGUAAUUGGGGAAGGAGAUGUGAACCAGGCACUGGAGGAGUGUGUCAUGUCCAUGCAGAAGGGAGAGAUCACCUUACUGCUGGCAGAUUCACAGUAUGCCUAUGGACUUCUUGGAAGAGAGCCUGAUAUUCCACCCUGGGCUCCUUUACUCUACCAGCUCCAGCUGCUGGAGAUCAGAAAGAAACCGGACCCGUUAACUCUGCCCAUCGCAGACCGCAUCCGCAUUGGCAACAAGAAACGAGAGCAAGGAAACUUUCAUUUCCAGAGGGAGGAAUACAGCAUGGCUGCCAGAGCCUAUUGUAUGGCUCUGGAUGUACUAACCACACAUAGCCUAGAUGGUGGCGAUGGCGGCAUGAAGACGGAGGAGGAGGAGGUGCGAGACUACCGGGUGAAGUGUUUGAACAACCUGGCCACCGCUCAGCUCAGACUGGAGCAGUACUGUGAGGCACUGCACACCAGCCGCGAUGUUCUGACCCUCGAUCCAAACAAUGUCAAGUCUCUUUACCGGGCGGGAAAGCUCCAGUCAGACAUGGGUGAAUACAAAGAGGCGAUGGAGAUGCUAAAAAGAGCCUUGAAACUGGAGCCGGCCACCAAGGCAAUCCACAUUGAGUUGUCUAAACUCGUCAAAAGACAAUCAGGAGGCAAAGAUACUCAGGAAUGGAACGCUAAGCCAGCAGAGCUGCUUGGGGAGAAUAUCAAACCUUUUCUGAUUCCUUCUAAAAAUAAACCAUCUGGAGUUUCCUGGAAGUUUAUACUUGUAGCUCUGGUUGUGGCCUUGGGCAGCUUAGUGACAUCAAUGAUCCUGACUGCAAGAAACUGAACUCCUCUGCAGGAAAUACUUUAAAAAUCACCAUCAUCAUCGUCACUAUUUUUUGUUAGUUCACUUGAAAAAUAAGUUUUCUACUGUGAAGAUGAGAAGGUGUGGAACGCAGCUUGAAGUUGUAUUAAUGGUAGAACGAAGUUUCACUGAAAAAAUGUACAGUAUUUAUGAAAAUUAAAAAGAAAGUGUGUAUAUUUCUGCUGAUCGAUAACAGACGUUUAACAACCAUCUUUUCAGUUUUGUCUGUUUUUAUUGUGGAAAAGGGAUUACAUCUGUUUGUAAUAAAAAUGGAAAACAUCAGAUACUGAAA